AUGGAGGCUGCUCUUACCCUCGGUGUGGAAAAACUCAAGGUCAUUGGUGAUUCCAAUCUUGUCGUAUCUCAAGCCAACGGGGACUGGAAAGUUCGUGAACAGAAGUUGAAACUUUAUCACCAGGACUUGGAGGAUCUUAUUCCUCAUUUUAAUAAGGUUACUUUUACCCAUAUUCCCCGCUUGAAGAAUCAAUGUGCUGAUGCCUUGGCAACCUUGGCCUCCAUGGUUGAACUUCCCUUAGGUGUCAAACUCCGCCCUAUUCUCAUUGAACUGCAGGACUGUCCUACCUAUCAGUAUGUCAACGCCGUCAAUGUUGUAGAUGAUGGCCUACCCUGUGGGGAGUAUCCGGCUGAAGCUUUUAAGAAGGAUCAGCUCGCGUUACGAAGGAUAGCUGCCCAGUACAUCCUUUGUGGAGGAAAGUUAUACAAGAGAUCCCAUUGUGGGAUGCACAAGCUCUGUGUCAAUGGCUCUGAGGCCGCAAGGAUUAUGGAGGAGGUUCAUGAGGGAGUCUGCGGUCCUCAUAUGAGUGGUGUCAUGCUUGCUAGGAAAAUCCUGUGGCCAUCUACUUCGAACGGUCACAGGUUCAUUUUGGUAGCGAUAGAUUACCUUACCAAGUGGGUGGAAGCCGAAUCCUACAAAACCCUAACUGCAGUUCAGGUUGCCCAUUUUAUCAAGAAGAACAUCAUCUAUCGAUACAGUGUACCUCAAGCGUUCGUGUCAGAUAAUGGGACUCAUUUCAAAGGCAGGGUUUUGGAAUUGUUCGAAGAGUUCAAAACCCAAGUCCAUCAUUCGACUGUUUACCGUCCUCAAACGAAUGGAGGUGUCAAAGCGGCAAACAAGAACAUUGAGACGAUUAUCAAAAAGUCUGCUGAAUCAGCUCGGGACUGGCAUGAGCAACUACCUCUAGCACUUUGGGGGUACCGGACGUCAAUUCGAACAUCAACAGGGGUGACACCCUAUUCUUUAGUUUACGGGAUGGAGGCAGUACUCCCUAUCAAGCUCGAGGUGCCAUCAUUGAGAAUCAUGGCAGAGUGCGGACUCACGGAAUCUGAAUGGUUUAGAGGGAGGUUUGUUGAACUCAUGCCUUUUGAUGAGAGGAGACUCCGUGCCUUACACCAUGUUCAGGGGUAUCAGCGAAGGAUCGCACGGGCUUUCAACAAGAAGGUGAAGUCUAGGGACUUGGUUGAGGGAGACAUGGUUACGAAGGAGAUUCGGGCACCAGUAUUCGAUCCCCGUGGCAAGUUUCGUCUGAAGCGUUCAGGGCCUUACAUUAUCAAGACCAUCCUUUCUGGGGGCGCAGCUCAACUUAUAGACCUCGACGGCAACGAGUUCUCCACUUUGGUGAACCUACAUCAACUCAAGCGUUACUACCCCUGA